AGCAUUAAAUCACAAUGCCAUUAAAGUUGGUAGUCAGAAGGCUUGGAAGGGGAACCGUAUACUUUAUACUUUCGAUACACAAUUGGAUGGAUUUUUUCGUAUCCAAUAAAGAAAGCAGUUUCCACAAAAACAAGGAAAAUUACAUCUCGGUGGAUUAGUGGGAAAGAAAUUUCGUCGACAUUCCGUAAACAAAUAGAUAUUUUUUUAAUUUUAAGUGUUGAAAGCCGAGAGGAAUGCAUGGGUAAACUGUCCUAAUUGCUUCAUUUGAAGCCACAAUACAGAUAAAAUUGAAAUAGAAUAUAAAUUGAAAGUUCGAUUCAAAAGAACGCAAUUAUUUGCUGCAACAAAACAUGUCGGAUAAUGUUGUCAAACGAAUGUCAAAAAGUUUGAACAUUAAAGCAUCCACGUCACAGCUAGAAACAAAAGACAACAAUGUCAAUGACGGCGAGGCUGGCUUUAACAAGCCGAAAUUUGUGGCCAUGCGAAAACUCAAGUCCAUUAAUUCACAAGUGGCACCCGAUACUUCUACAGCCUCUAAAUUGAGCACUUCCUCUCUAACAAAUGAUUCACCAAGUUCUCUGUCAUCGAAUUCGCCAACUUCACCAACAAACCAAGAUGUGCAGGGUACAGCGGAAUUGCGACAAAUGAAAAAAGAUUGUGAUCCACAAUUCUCACGAUUCGCUGACUACUUUGUUAUAUGUGGUUUAGAUUUAGAUACUGGUUUGGAACCCGACAGGUUUGCUGGCGACAAUCUACAAUGUUCCCCUUUGGAUCGGGCAUAUAAAAGUAAACCGUUGGCUCAUUAUCCAGAGAAUGUGUCCUGGAAUCCGUUUGACUCACACGGAAUUUGUAUGCUGUCAUUGCCCCAAGGAUUACGCUUUCGAACACAAAAACAUAGCAUUGAACCGAAAUUUCAUUCAUUUGCCACCACGAGAGAAGAUGGCAAGCGUUGCUAUGGGUUUAGUCUCGUAUUUUACGAAGAAAUACGCAAUAGAAAUAUAUGCAGUGCUAUGCAUACGCUACAGUCCAUGUUCAUUACUGAACUAUCCAAUGGCCAACAAACACAUUCAUUAUCCCGUAUAAAAGACAGUCCCGUUAGUAGAUCAUUACCUCGUCAUUUCAAAGUGGCUGGUCAAGCUCCUCAAUCAGCACAAAGUUACUAUGACAUUACGAAAGACAAGCUCUAUGUUGCCAAAAGUAUUUCAUUAAUAUGCCAGCAACCAUACGCGUUUGCAGCUGAAAUAUUCCUGAGAAACCUAUAUAAAUGUCUUCCGCGCCAGCCAGGUCCUGGUAUAAGUCUCGAAUCAUAUGUCUAUAAUAUAUUGUAUGAAGUAAUGUUGCCUCAUCCUGGAAAAUCUAUUCGAAUUUACUUACCCCCUUCAGAAGCACAUUUGCCCCCAAUAGCACUAACUUUGCAACGGCCGGAAGUACCUUUGGAACUACCUUUACUGGAUUUUUCCCUAAGAUUGUUGUUUACUUACCUAGGAGUGGAGUGCGUUAUUCAAUUACUUACAUGUGUUUUACUGGAAAAUCAGGUUUUGCUUCGGUCUAAUGAUUAUCAAAAGCUGAUGGUCGUCGGCGAGUGUAUAACUUCGAUUCUUUUCCCUUUUGUUUGGCCACAUGUAUAUGCACCAAUUCUACCAGCUGCUCUACAUCAUUUUCUCGAUGCUCCAGUGCCCUUUGUCAUGGGACUGCACGCAGAAUGCGAGGCCGCUAAUAAAAUUGGGUCUGAGGCAACGCUAUGUUUCGUUGACAUAGAUAAGAAAAUCAUACAACUGCCAGAAGAGUUGCCGGUUUUUCCACACAAAAUGGAUUUUAUGGCCGAGAUUAUUUCCAUUUUAGAUAAAUUUGAAAUAGAGCGAGACCGUAUAAAUGAACCUAAUAUAAGAAAUUGUUACUCUCGCGAUCAAGAUGUUAUGAUCAGCAGUUGCACUUUGCCAAGUGGCUUACAAGCCGCACGUAGAAGCAAGGAGCGUUUUCAACAACUCCAGGAAACUGUAUACACCUUAGGCUCAUCUCCAGAAAGUAAUAGCCAUUGCAAUUUGCAUUAUCAGCCGCUUGUGGCACAUCCAUCGAGAAUCGACCAUGUUCCGCGCAUUGCAGAUUUUCUCAGAAGAAAAAACGUGCGAUCAUCAUCUCCUAUACCCGGUGCAGGCGACCAUGUCGAUGCCACAGCUACGAUUCCACCAUCGAUGUCUUCUCCGACACGAACACGCAAUAGAGACGUUAAACCGCAGUUAAGCCCGGAAGACCAGUACUAUCAAGAUCUACGAAUAAAUAACGCUCUACGGGAAAUUUUCCUAAAUCGUUUUGUACAUAUGUUUUUUGCUUAUGAAUUUUUCGUAAUCUAUCCAAAUCAGGAUAGAGAUGAAUGGUUGAGUAAUCGAGAGACCAUACAGAACUUUGAUAAAUCUUCGUUUCUCUCGGAUCAACCGGAGCAUCAUAGACCAUUCCUGUCGCAAUUUUUGGAAUCUCAAAUGUUUGCAACAUUAGUUGACAACAAAAUACUCUCCAUAUGGGAUAAAGAGCCGGAUCCUAAUUUAAAAAUGUUUGAUCAAAGAAUUAAGCUUUUAAGGAAACGUCAUGGGGAAAACAUGAUAUGUGCCACGAGCUACGAACCUUGUGUUGUUAGCCAGGAGGCCCAGCAAAUCUUCGAAAAACGGCUUACUUGUGUGGACAUUGAAGUAACGCCGCCCAGUGAAAUUUUGUCGAAUCGCGCAGCUUACUUUCGCAGCUUUCCCAUUCUUGAAAAGUCCGUACUAAAUCAAGAAUGUACCUCGAGAGGUAACAGUUUAAGGCGGGUAAAAAAUGGAAACAAAUGGAGAGCCAAAGAAAUAAACUUUGACCAAAAGCCGUCAACAAAUAAUGCUUUAAAUCGGCUUUCAGCUAAUCUGACUAAUACUGAAUUGAGUCCAGCGUUGAUCGCUCAGGCCAAUUGGACGUUUGUGGAGAGAUUAUUGAAGGAUGUGAAAAGCAAAACAAAGCGCAUGCUGUUGGAGAAAAUGGGGACUGAAGCUGUUGCUUUAGGUUUGAAUAAAAACGACGGAAUCGAGGAGAACACACUAAUAGCGUCGCUGUGCGAUUUAUUGGAAAAAAUUUGGUCUCACGGAUUGCAAACAAAACAGGGCAAAUCUGCAUUGUGGACGCAUUUACAGGCGUAUGUAGAGUUACAGGACGCUCGCGCUUCCAGUUCCAUUGCAGCCAAUAGUUGUGGUACUACAAUUUUGAAUACAACUACAACUUCUCCAAAGCCGGCGGGAAGUAAUAAAAUAGGAACCACAUCAAGCUAUGUAACUGCUCCUGCAAUGGCCUGGAAUGUUAUGCGCAAACGAAUGGAUUAUUUAUCUACAUUUCAAAGUGAUUUAGAUAAUCCACCUAGUCCAAACCGCAGUCGAUCUCGAGACCGAAAUAAAUUUGUCGGCUUAGAGCAUUUGUGUCCUCUGCCAGAGUCCUUAGAAUUUGACGUCCGAAAUGUUAUGGCCAUGGCUGACAUUAAAACGCACAUUGGACAUACCAGAGCUUGGGUACGUUUGUCGUUGGAGAAAAAAUUAUUGUCACGGCACUUUCGUACGUUACUCUCCGAUGAUUCUCUCUUGCGUUCGCUUUAUAAACGUUCGGCGUUUUUAAGAUGUGAUGAGGAAAAAGAACAAUUUCUUUACCACAUUUUGACAUUGAACACUGUGGAUUACUACUCCUUCACAAAUACUUACCCAACAACGAAACUCCCAUAUCGAGUUGUCAUAUUUCCUUCCCGCAAAUACGGUUCGUACCAUACUUCAAGCAACGUUUGGAUUAUUGUGUCGGGAACCUUAAAUGAAACACAAAAGGUACCUGUGCCAAAGGGUUCCCUCGAGUUUAUAUUCCAUUAUAAAAAUUUAGGUUUGAUGACUACAAUGCGUAUUGGUCAUGACAACGCAGGAACAUCCAAUAAAUGGCUUAUAGAGCAUGUAGUUAUGCGAAACGAAGUCACAGGACACACUUAUAAGUUUCCUUGUGGGCGUUGGCUAGGAAAAGGCGUUGAUGAUGACUCCACUGAACGACUUUUAGUGGGCCAGCGAGUCUCUACAAACGUCAAGAGUGCAGAGAUGGAACAGUCAUGCCAUACUCCUCCUCGUACACGCAGUCCGAGUGUUCAGCGUGGUCAGGAUUUGCCACCCAUUUCGGAAAUUCAACACAAACUGGGCAAUUGUGUUAAUGUCAUUGUCAAAUGGCAUUACAAGCCCAGUCGAGAUCGCGAUGUCGGUACACUCACUAACUUGGUUUGUGGCGAUGAGGGCCUUGUCAAGUGCUUGGAAAACGUGUUUCUGUGCGGUUUUCGUUCAACAAGGUUCUUCGGUCGUAAUCUUUAUAUAUGGGAUUAUUUUACUAAAAUUAAGGAACAGUUUGAACAUUAUCUUCAACAAGAGCAACAGCAGAUUGAUGAUUCUGGAUCUAGUUUAGACUCGUCCAUCAGCUGUGGUAGUGGUCAGCAACAUCGAGAAUUAAGUGCAAUCUGGCACUACUACAUCCAACUGAUGGAUGAAAUCAACAAGGUUGGCAGUACGUUGGGUAAAGAUGGUAAAUUCCAGUUACUCAUAUGUCUCAGCUUAAGAGACCACUUGUUAACCCGCAUGAUUAAACCGAUGUCCUUAACAAAAGUAACCCAAGAGAUGUAUGAAGAAGAAAGUUUCCUGCGCCGUAAAAAUCUAUUGACGUUUUUAAUCCAAAUUUUAGAGCCGCUAGAUGACUGUCACAUAGUUUUGGAGAAUUCCAUAACACAAGGUAUUCCAUCGCAAUGUUAAAAGACCACUCUUACGUUUUGAAUCUCAAUCUCAAAAUACUCAUUUUAAAUGCUAUAGAUUAUAAGUUUCUCUUAAAUGAAAAACAGAUUUUAAGUUCUUGUAUCUGUUAUUGACGUAAAUAAUAGCGAUUACUUGCUGAAUGUCGUUUAAAUUUAUGAAAAAUAUUGAGCGCCCAAAGCACCGAAAAAGUAAAGAUAUAUACCAAAGCAAAACAUAAAUAUUAUUAACAAGAAUUCUAUUAACUUAUAUAUAUAUGUGCAAUUAAAAAUCAAUGACAAAUGCCAUAUAUUAGUCAUGUAAUACCAAACAUUCUAUAAGAUCUAUAUAAUGUACUUGAACUUGCCACGGUAGCUUUUAUUUUUUAUUUUUGUUUAUUUUUCACAAUUAAAACCAAAGAUUUUUUAAUAUUAUUAAAAUAUAUUAAAUAUUUUUUUGAAAUAAAGGAAUUUUUAUUUGAUUUCACUGAACAAAUAAAUUAAGCGAUAAUUUUUAUUUCAAAAUAUUAAAUAACUACAUACAUGUGU